AUGUCUUUACGGCAAAUCAAUCCUCCACUCUGGAGCCUGAGGGGCAGUACUACCUGCCCAAGUGUCCCAGGACUGUGUGGCUCAGGCCACACCCGCGAGCUUCGGAAUGGCUCAACGGUCGUCCGCCUGGGCCGUGCUCUCUGCGCUCCGGCCAGAACCAUGCUGCUUCUCACACUGCUCGCUGGACUUGGAGAGCUGCACGCCCUCCUGAAUUCCGGCGGAGUAUUUGUGCACGUCACAGUUGCACGGAGGGUGAGGUCGGAUGGAAGCACAGCUUCAGACAGGAAGGUGACUUACAUCAUUACAAUUGAUGGGAAACCGUGCACUCUGCAUCUCAGGAAACACUCCUUCUUACCCAAGAACUUACUGGUUUAUAUACAAAAUGAGACCAGAGUUUUGCAUUCUGAGACUUCAUAUUGGAUGAUGAAUUGCCAUUACCAAGGAUAUGUUGCAGAAUCCCCAAAUUCAGCUGUGGCCCUCAGUGUCUGCUCUGGUCUCAGGGGAUUUCUCCAGCUUGAAAACGUCAGCUAUUGGAUUGAACCACUGGGAUCCUCAGCGAGAUUUGAGCACUUAGUUUAUCAAGUGAAAAAUGACAACGCAGAGGUGUCGAUGUCAGCAGGGAAUUACAGCAUCAUGUGGCAGAAGGGACGCCCUUCCACAGCUCAUCUCAGCCCACAGAAACAACUUGCUUCAAGACUGCUACCUCAUUAUCUAGAAAUGCACAUUACAGUGGCAAAAGAUUUGUAUGAUUAUAUGGGAUCUGAAAUGAUGGCUGUGACACAGAAAAUUAUCCAGAUUAUUGGACUUGUCAAUACAAUGUUUACCCAGUUCAAAUUGACUGUUGUACUGUCUUCCUUGGAAGUGUGGUCAGAUGAAAACCAGAUUUCUACCACGGGGGAUGUUGAUGAUAUACUGCGAAGAUUUACAACACGGAAACAGGGCUAUCUUAUCCGACCCCAUGACUUAGCAUACUUACUUAUUUACAGGAAGCAUCCUAAAUAUGUGGGGACAAUAUUUCCUGGCACAAUAUGCAGUAAGAAAUACAAUGCAGGUGUUGCUAUGUACACAGAUGCGUACAGCCUGGAGGGAUUUUCAGUUAUUGUUGCUCAACUGAUUGGCUUCAAUUUAGGGCUAACAUAUGAUGACACCAGCCAGUGUUCUUGUCCAAGAGCUACUUGCAUAAUGAGGCAUGAAGCAGUGGUUUCCAGUGGCAUAAAGAAUUUUAGCAACUGCAGCUUGCAUGAGUAUAAAAGUUUUGUUUCAAAAUUUGACGUUAAAUGUCUUCAGAAACUUUCAGAUUUGCGGCCACUAUAUCAGCAUCAGCCCGUGUGUGGUAAUGGGAUUUUGGAAUCAAAUGAGGAAUGUGACUGUGGUAAUGAACAGGAAUGCCAAUUUAAAAAUUGCUGUGAUUAUAAUACCUGUAAGCUUAAAGACUUUGUAAAAUGUGGCUCUGGACCAUGCUGUACGUCAAAAUGUGAAUUUUCAGUAGCAGGCACGCCGUGUAGGAAGAGUGUUGAUCAACAGUGCGAUUUUACAGAGUACUGCAACGGAACUUCCAGUAACUGUCCUCCUGACACGUAUGCACUGAAUGGUCAGUUAUGCAGGCUCGGCACUGCGUACUGUUAUGGUGGAAAAUGUCAAACUACCGACAACCAAUGUGCCACAACAUUUGGAAAAGGUGCUAAGGGUGCUCCCUACGCCUGUUUUGAAGAAGUCAAUUCGAUGGAUGAUAAAUCUGGAAACUGUGGUUUUAAAAAUUCACAGUUACCUUGUGAACACAAGGAUAUCCUGUGUGGAAAAUUAGUUUGUGUUUUUCCAAGCAAAGAUACUUAUAAAGGUGAUGCUGAAGCUGCAGUAGUUUCAAGUGCUCAUGACCACGUGUGUGUGUCCACUGCACCGGGGUCAUCUGUGACACCUGACGGAACAGAUGCUGCAUACGUGGCCGACGGCACAACGUGUGGCCCUCAGAUGUACUGUGUGAACCAAACCUGCAUUAAAGUUCCUCUGCUGGGAUAUAUCUGCAAUGCCACUACAAAAUGCAAAGGCAAUGGAAUUUGUAAUAAUUUUGGAAAUUGUCAAUGCUUUCCUGGCUACAGGCCUCCAAACUGUGAAGUCCAGAUUGGUUCACUAGGGGGCAGUGUUGAUGAUGGAAAUGUUCUUCGGGCUGGUGAGAAGCAAUUAAGUGUGGGGUGUGUAACGAGUCACAGCAACUGGAUUGUACUGAGUUUCUACAUUAUUCUGCCAUUUUUCAUCAUUUUCACCAUCAUGAUCAUUAAGAGAAGUGAAAUGAAAAAAGCCUGCAGUGAAGAGAAGGCAGAAGAGGAAGGGUAA